UCCGUAUCCUUCUGGGCUUCUGAAUUCUUUGGUAUGCGUCAUCUCUCUAAAAUUCGCAGAUUAAAUAUAAAGCAGUUGCAUCAAAACAUAACUUUUACGCUAAAAAUGUCGCCUAGCUAAAUAAGAAUUUUUCCCAACUGCGAACUUCGGACUCGGUGUUCCCUAUUUGUUCUUCGUAGAAUGGUCAGUCUUCUACCAAAGUUGAAUUCGCCUACUGGUAGGAUGCCGUAUUGUUAUUUGUUGUGCAAUUAUAUAAUAAAUUGACAAAUGCAUCAAUCGUAUCGAUAGACUGACCAAUUUAUGUGGUACUCCAGGGUGCAGUAUUUUUUGAUACUUCGAUCAACAUGGACGAAGGCGAGGGUUUUGAACCCGUUUGGUCAUCGGAGGAUCAGGAGAGCUUCCAAAAAUUGAAUACUGUACCGAUAGCUAUUAUUCCACUUGUUAUGGGUAUUAGUUUGGAAAUUACUGGUAUAGUGCUAGCACUAUGCAUGGAAGAACAAAGUAAAUGCGAUACAUAUUUUAUAUUGUUGUAUCUUCACUGUGUUUAUUGGCUGGUGGUCAUGCUGGCAGAUCAUGCUCUUAAGUCAAAGCACAAUACUUUACGCAUGGCUGGAUAUCUUGACUUCUAUCAGUCAACUUACCGUCAUAUAAGGAUACCCUUUUUCAUUGUCUCUCUUUGGAAUACCACUUAUUUAUUACUCGCUGCAAUUUUUCAUCAUACCCAUAAAACAGAUUAUGAUAUGUACUGCAGAUCAUCAAAGUGGAUUACACCUGUGAAUUAUGUCCUGGUAUUCACAUCUUUAGAACUUAUAACUAUAAUCGUGCCUGUUUACAUCUAUUACAUCAAACGAGUUGUAAGAUUUAACCGCAUGAGACUUCCACCUGACGUUAUGUGCGAAGAGUGGCUUACCUCGUGCACUCAGGAUUCAUAUACAGGAAGCGGAGAGGUAGGCUAUCGUCCACGAGGGUCAAACGUUAACGAAUUGCUCGAAAAGCAAGCAGAUUUAAUCAGGUAUUUAAAAGGCCAUAAUGACGUAUUAAGUGCUCAGAUGAUGCUGCUGAGCAGAGAGUAGCCGAAGCAUAAACAAUGAUUACGAGAACUAACGUGCAUUGUGCACACGCGAUAAAAAAAUGAAUUAUGAGUGAGCAUAUUUUUAUUACCUUUGAUGUUAAUUGUACCAAAACUAAUACUUCUAAUUGAAUUUACGCUAUUUUCUAUAUAUUUGUGAUAAUUAAACAUAUGACUUCAAGAAAUAUUAAUGUUUCACAUAGCUAAGAUUUAGUUACACAUAAGUAAUCAUAAAUAUAGGUUUCGUGCACAUAUCUAUUUGUCAUGCCAAAUAUUGUAAAUGCCAAUUUGAUUCUCUAUAAUAAUGAUCUUCAUUUACAUCCAGAUAAUAAUCUGGUUUUGCUGCACAAUUUAAAUUGUUACCAUUCUUUGUGAUUUCUAUUUUUCACUUUCUCUUAUUUCUAUUCAUAAUGGUUUAUUAUCUUCACACGCAAUAAGUCAAUCAUUUUAUUUUUUAUUUAGACUCUUUAAUCAUUCAUCUGUUUAUUAUGAAAAGCAAAUUUACUUAAAUUGCAAGCCUCGAAGAAAAGAAUAUAUUCAGUUUCUUAAUUAAAACUGAACAUUCAAAGUUAAAAUGCUUGAAAACAAUUUUUACAAGACAAUGUAAACAGCACGCCUAAUAUUAUAAAUGUUACCUUUGGAACCCAUGUAUUUAAGUUAUUUUUUACGUUUCUGUUACAAAGUAUCUUGAUAUUUAGUGAUCAUAAUGUAAUAAUAAUAACAACAAAUGAGUGAUUCAUGAAUCUGUUGAAGUUUGAGAAUCUGAACUAGGGAAGAGUAUUAAAUUAGUAUAAUACACGCGUGGUGUACAUCAUAGUAACCAUGCAUCGUUAGUGACUUUAAUUACUAGUUAAAUUGUUCACUGUAAUAAAUAUUAUACAUACGUCUUAUGUAUCAAAUAAAAUAUGUAUAUAUUUUCACUGGA